AUGGUCUCAUGGGUUCACUUCGACCGGAUAGAGGGUUCAAUUUUAUACAAAGAUAGCCCUCUGGCGAUAUACUUUGUCGAGCCAUUUGACUUGGGUUUGAAGGAACAAAGAAUGAUGCAUGUGAAGAUAUCGAUGACCGGAUUACGGAAUCAGCCAACCAUGAAGGUGUCGGAUUUGGAAGAAAUGAAUAGGCAACUUGAAGAUAGUGCUGUGAGUUUGAUGAUGGAAAUGUUUGCAUGGGCUACUUAUACGAAGGGUUGGUGGGGAACACAAGAUUGUUGGAAAAACAAUUAUCAAUGA